AAGACUCUAAAUUCAUUCUGAGAAAGUUGGAUGGCUCCUAAAAAUGGUCAUACUUAAUGUUGAAAGUUAGGAGAUCUCAUUUUUAAAAAGGAUUUUGGAGAAUAUGUUACCUUUUGAAAUUCUAGGAGUGGGAUAAGAAAGAAUAGUAUUUUUGCAAGAGCCCUCUGUCCCCUCCUCUCCUGAGUACAGACACUGCCAUACCUAUAUUUUCCUAGAAUCUCCUUCUCUGUUGGUAGGAUUGGCCAGAAGCAAUUUAGUCCUGCCUUUCAAACCAUGACAUUUUACAGUAGGGGUUGGCCAGCUGCAUCCUAUAGGCCAAAUGCAGCCUUUGGGUGUGUUUUUAUAUGUCCCUGAGCUAAGAAAGUUCCUUUAAAAAUGAAUACCCAACAGGGACAGUGGAGUCUGCACAACCUGAAAUAUUUAUUGUCUGUCUUUUUAUAGAAAACUUGGCUGACCUCUGUGCCUCACCAUACUUGUUGGGGACACAGAACAGUCAAGAAUGCUGCCCCUAAAUAUUGAUAGGUUACCUGAUCAAGAGUUUCUCCUCAGGGAACUGAUUAUAUUGCCCUCUCUUUUUGUUGUUUGCAGCUUAGCUAAAAGUUGAGCAUGUCUGAUAAGAAUCUCCUAAUUACUCAUUUUUCCUAUAUGACCUCUUAUUUAGAGAGUAGUGAUAACUCUUAUUGUAUUGCUCUGUAACAAGUCAUCCCAACACUGAGUGGUUCAAACUCACAAGCAUAUGUUGUUUCUUAUGAGUCACAGGGUUAUCUGGGGAUCAGUUGAUUUAAUCUGACCUCAGCUGGGAGCGGCUCUGCUCAAUGUGUUUCUCAUCUUCCUUCUGGUAUCAACCUGGACACGUCCGUCUCAUGGGGAUGGCAGACAUGUGAGCGACAUACAUCUGUGGAUGGAUAUACUGAACCCCAUAUCCAGCCGACCAAAUCAAGUAGCAGACAGAACAUCCCUCGGUGUAGAAACUCCAUUACGUCAGCAACAGAUGAACAGCCUCACAUUGGAAAUUACCGUUUACAAAAGACAAUAGGAAAAGGAAAUUUUGCCAAAGUGAAAUUGGCAAGGCAUGUUCUAACCGGUAGAGAGGUUGCUGUGAAAAUAAUAGACAAAACUCAGCUAAAUCCUACCAGUCUACAAAAGUUGUUUCGAGAAGUACGAAUAAUGAAGAUAUUGAAUCACCCUAACAUAGUAAAAUUGUUUGAAGUUAUUGAAACAGAGAAGACUCUCUAUUUAGUCAUGGAAUACGCGAGUGGGGGUGAAGUAUUUGAUUACUUAGUUGCCCAUGGAAGAAUGAAAGAAAAAGAGGCCCGUGCAAAAUUUAGGCAGAUUGUAUCUGCUGUACAAUAUUGUCAUCAAAAGUGCAUUGUUCACCGUGAUCUUAAGGCUGAAAACCUUCUCCUUGAUGCUGAUAUGAAUAUUAAAAUUGCUGACUUUGGUUUUAGUAAUGAAUUUACAGUCGGGAACAAGUUGGACACUUUUUGUGGAAGCCCACCUUAUGCCGCUCCUGAGCUUUUCCAAGGGAAGAAGUAUGACGGGCCUGAAGUAGACGUGUGGAGCCUCGGCGUCAUUCUCUACACGUUAGUCAGUGGCUCCUUGCCUUUUGAUGGCCAAAAUUUAAAGGAACUGCGGGAGCGGGUCUUACGAGGGAAGUAUCGUAUUCCCUUCUACAUGUCCACAGACUGUGAAAACCUUUUGAAGAAAUUAUUAGUGCUGAAUCCAAUUAAGAGAGGCAGCUUAGAGCAAAUAAUGAAAGAUCGGUGGAUGAAUGUUGGUCAUGAAGAAGAAGAACUAAAGCCAUAUGCUGAGCCUGAACCAGAUUUCAAUGACACAAAAAGAAUAGAUAUCAUGAUCACCAUGGGUUUUGUACGAGAUGAGAUAAAUGAUGCCUUAAUAAAUCAGAAAUAUGAUGAAGUCAUGGCUACUUAUAUUCUGCUAGGUAGAAAACCUCCUGAAUUUGAAGGUGGCGAAUCGUUAUCCAGUGGAAACUUGUGUCAGAGGUCCCGGCCCAGCAGUGACUUAAACAACAGCACCCUACAGUCCCCUGCUCACCUGAAGGUCCAGCGGAGCAUCUCAGCAAACCAGAAGCAGCGACGCUUUAGUGAUCAUGCUGGUCCAUCCAUUCCUCCUGCUGUAUCAUAUACCAAAAGGCCUCAGGCUAACAGCGUGGAAAGUGAACAGAAAGAGGAGUGGGACAAAGAUGUGGCUCGUAAACUUGGCAGCACAACAGUUGGAUCAAAAAGUGAGAUGACUGCAAGCCCUCUUGUAGGGCCAGAAAGGAAAAAGUCUUCAACUAUUCCAAGUAACAAUGUGUAUCCUGGAGGUAGCAUGGCAAGAAGGAACACGUAUGUCUGUGAAAGAACCACAGAUCGAUACACGGCGUUGCAGAACGGAAAAGACAGCAGCCUUACAGAGAUGUCCGCGAGCAGCAUGUCCUCUGCAGGCUCCGCCGUGGCCUCUGCUGUGCCCUCAGCACGACCCCGGCACCAGAAGUCCAUGUCUGCUUCCGGCCAUCCUAUUAAAGUCACACUGCCAACCAUUAAAGACAGCUCUGAAGCUUACAGGCCCGGCAGCACCACCCAGCGCGUGCCCGCUGCGUCGCCGUCUGCUCACAGUAUCAGCGCCUCGACCCCCGACCGCACCCGCUUCCCCCGCGGCAGCUCCAGCCGCAGCACCUUCCACGGGGAGCAGCUCCGCGAGCGCCGCAGCGCCGCCUACAACGGGCCGCCCGCCUCCCCGUCCCACGAGCCGGGGGCCUUCACGCACGCCAGGAGGGGCACGUCCACUGGUAUAAUAAGCAAAAUAACGUCCAAAUUCGUCCGCAGAAGUACAACAGGGGAACCAAAAGAAAGAGAAAAGGAGGAGGGUAAAGAUUCCAAGCCACGUUCUCUGCGGUUCACGUGGAGCAUGAAGACCACUAGUUCAAUGGACCCCAAUGACAUGAUGAGAGAAAUCCGCAAAGUGUUAGAUGCAAAUAACUGUGAUUAUGAACAGAAAGAGAGGUUUUUGCUUUUCUGCGUCCAUGGUGAUGCCAGGCAGGAUAGCCUUGUGCAGUGGGAAAUGGAAGUCUGCAAGUUGCCACGACUGUCCCUCAAUGGGGUCCGCUUCAAACGAAUAUCCGGGACGUCCAUCGCCUUUAAAAACAUUGCAUCUAAAGUAGCAAAUGAGCUGAAGCUGUAAAGACACUUGAAUUUACAGGAUCAGGGAAGAUACACCCGUAUAUGAGGUACAGUUUUUGAAUGUACUGGUGAUGCCUAAUGUGAUUGGCCUGUGAAUCUCCCCAUGUAGAAUUUGCCCUUAUUGCAAUAAGGUUAUACAUAGUUAUGAACUAUAAAAUUAAAGUCAGUAUGAACUAUAAUAAAUAUCUGUAGCUAAAAAAGUAGGUUCACAUGUACAGGUAAGUAUAUUGUGUAUUUCUGUUCAUCUUCUGUUUAUAGAGUUGUAUAAUAAAACAGAUGAUUGCUUAAAAACUUGUAUAGUUGUCUAGAUUUCUGCACGUAAAUGUACGUUUGAUGCUUUGAGUUGAAAAUGUUCUUUCUGUUAUUUACAUUCUGGUGGGUUUUUAAAAUUCUUACCUCCAUCAUGCAAUUUUGAAAAUUGUGUCCAGAGUUAAAAAAAGUGCACAGAAAACUAGUCUUUACAAUUGUAGCAUGGACUUUUAAAAGUUAUUUUUAAACCAUAUUUAAAUUUGAACCAGAAGCUGAUAAAUAGAUCAGCUUUGUUAUACACAGAAUUACUCCUGCUUAUCUUUGCUCUUAUCCUUGUUAUCAGACAAGGUUUAGUUGAGAAGAUACAAAAUGUUUACAGUGUUGGCACUUAGAGGUUUUAAAAUAAAGUACAUGAAAAUAAUAAUAGCUUUGCCUUGAGCUAACUAAGAAGUCCUGGGGAAGAAGUUAAAUCUACAUCAAAUUUCUUUUGAACUUGAAAGUGUUUCCUGGCCCACUACUAAUCGGAGUGGCAAAAUUAAAGAGAGUCAAUAUUUUAUCUGGCUAUUAUAAUAUAAGUGUCACUUAGGUUUGCUGCCUUCCAAAUCCCAUGACAUUAAUUGUGAAAGUAUAAUAUAAUAAUGUUGGGACCGUUUCAUAGCACAAACUCAUCUUUACAGUGUUGAACAAUGCAUCAGUUAAGAAAUAAUGCCACCUCAGGAAUUAAUGGGCAUUGGGAACGUUUGCCUCAUGCUCCCCCCAAGCCUCUCCAUCCACCCCUGACAUAGUACUAUCUGUCAUUACAUAAGAGACUUUGGAGCAAAACAUGCUAUUUAUAAUAGUAUAUUAUUGAUUUACGCUUAUGUGGUUGUUCAGUUGGUUCCCAUGUGACCUGUUUUGUUUUUAAUAUUUUGCCAGAUUUCUUGUAUUUAUUCCACAUCAUUAUACCUAUAGUGUGCAGCUUUGUAAUUGGGCAUUUGCCUACUUUUCUUUCAUAAUUAGUGAUAUAUGCGAUGUAAAACCACUAGUAAAGGUACAUUUUAAUACUUGUUAUUUUCUACUGAAUUAGCCUUGGAGGUUGACUGUGCAAUGUUAUUUAAUGUUGUAAUUACUGUAAUAUCAGCAUAUGGGCCCCAUCUGCACACUCCUGAGAAAUAGAAAGUGUAUUCCAAUUUCAUCAGUUUAAAGAGAAAUAAAGCUGUGACAAAAUACUGUAAUUCUAGCCUGCAUUAGAAAGCUCUAAGCGUAGGUGAUGUGCCAUUCCAUGAUGGCUUCCAGACUAGGGUGAUCUGUACUGUACUGUGAUGUAGCUUUCUUCUGUAACAGCUGUGUUCUAAAAUGAAGUGUAUUUUUGCCUUAGCAGAGGAUGGUGUUUGGAAACAAAAAACAAAAAACAACUGUGUAGCCCCCUUUUAACCUAGUGUUCAUUCAAAAAAAAAAAUGAUGCAAAUCUUUAUUCACUUUCACUGGUGCACACUGAAAUUUUACUUGAACAGUUCUCGUAAUAAAGCACUUGUCUUUUGCUCUU